CCAGCGCCUGUCCCUGCAAAUGCAGCUGCUGCACCGCCUCGCUCGCCUAACCGACCCCCAAGAACUCCUCGGCCGCUAACGGGGAGGGAGCAUCGCAAAGGCGGGAGGCCCUUGAAGGGGAGCCGGCGAGCAGCCCUGGAGCUGGGCUGCUCCGGAGUCCUUGCACCGGAGCUGCGCGCCGCCCCGGGAGGAGGAGGAGGAGGAUGCGCGCAGCCUUCGCGGGACUCUCGCUGGUGCUGCUGGCGGCGGAACAGAGCGCGCGGGUCUGCACCAUCGUCCAUUAUCUUCUCUCUGGCCGGUAUCUCUGGUGCUGGUUGACCAUUGGCUUGCUUCUACCUGACUAUAUAGUUCAGCUCUUCAGCUUCUCUUGGUUCCGGGCAGAUGGACACAGAGGCUGCUGCUGUCUGGUGAUAGUGCACGUGCUGCAGCUGGGGAUUUGGAAGCGGCAUUGGGACGCGCUGUGGACAGCUGCGAAGGCUGGAGAAAGCUCCGUUGCAGGAGAUCUCCUCAUGCAGCUGGGGGACCUGUCAGUUCUGCGGCUCUUGGAAGCCCUGCUGCAGACCUUGCCCCACCUGUUGCUACAGAGCUACGUUUUUGUAGCGGUGGAACCGACUGGCCUUGUCCCAGGUGUGAGUGCCGGACUGUCCCUGCUCUCCCUCUCCUGGUCUUUAGUCUCUUAUAGCCGCUUUACAUGCCUAAUGAAACCAGGUCAUCUCUACAUGCCAGCGGCGGCCCUCCUGUGCCAGUUGUUGUGGAGGACAGGAAUGCUAGGAACGAGGGUCGUGGCCCUGGUGCUCUUUGCCAGAGUCUAUCCUGUCUGGGUUUUUGUCGCAGCCGGUGCUCACUGGCUAGUGAUGUCCUUCUGGCUGGUGUCUCAGCAAACUGACAUCGUAGCGAGUUCCUGUCACUGGAGACUGUUCAACGUCCUGGUGGGGGCCGUGUACAUCUUCUGCUACAUCAACUUCCAGGCUAGCCCCUCCAGAUACAGAGUGGCUGUGUUUUAUGUGAUAAUGCUGAUAGAGAACAUCUUCCUUUUGAUGUUGGCCACAGACCUCCUGCAGGGGGCGCGGCGGGAUAGCCUGUUUGUGACAGGGGCUGUGAUGGCUGGAUUCGUGAUUGGCUCUGCAGCUCUGGUCAUCUAUUACAGUCUGCUGCACCCCAAAUCCACAGAGAUCUGGCAGAGUUUCCUGAACAAAUCUUGCAACAUCACAGCUGCAAAGUAUCAUGGGACAGAAGGAUCCACUUUCCGGUCCAUAAACGAAGCUGGGGAGAGCUUUGGAAUUUCAGGUCAGGGGGACAUUGUCUCUUCAAAUGCAGAAGUCUCGAAGGUGGUGCAUACCAGGCCUGCUUCUGGAGCACACGGUGAGACCUCACUUGGAGAACUUGAAGGUCAUACUUCUGUGAAAGACACCUGGUUGAACCAUCAUCACUGGCUGUUGGUAAAGCUAGCCUUGAAAACUGGGGAUAUGUCUAAGAUCAACGCAGCCUUUGGAGACGGUGGAAUUGGGGAGCUUUACCCUUCAGGAUGGGUGGCAAGCAAACACUGCAGUGCCAUGCUUGGGCCAAAGACCAAACUUGGCUUUUCUUCGGUGGGAAAAUGCCCUGGAACCCCUAAAGCCAGAGUGGUAGGACAGAGGCUUCAGGCAGGAGAGAACAGCGCUGGAGAAAGCCUGAGCAAGGAGACUACUUACGUCACUCUAGCAAGCAGUGAACACAACAUGUGCUCUGUUAGAAUGCCGCCAAUCCUGCAAGAGGAGCACAGGCCAACAGCAAAAGCCCCUGACUGCACAGACUCGACGAGCAGACGUGAAGCUCAGGCAGACAAAGCAGGAGGUAUGUCCGCUCCUCUUGCUCCAAACAGCAGAGCCAACGACAACACUGACUUGGAAGCUGUUGUGGAGCACCCAGAAGGGACAGCUCCGAUGCACGAGAGUCCAACUCUGUACUUCAGUGCCAAUGCAGAGGCCACUGCAUCUCUGAAUGGAGGUGGGGGAGCAGCCAGCUGUGUGGCUGAUGGCCUUGUGGAGCUGGUGGAGGACAGCAGGCUCAGGCCUGUACCAGACAACAUCGUAGGUAAAGGAGAGGGCUUCCCCAUUACCAUGGCUAAUAUCAGUCCAAUCCUGGGCGUUGGCACUCCUGGCUUUCUGCAGAGCGGUCCGUCCCUCUGCUGCACCAGUCAGUGCAGUGCACUGAGUUCAUCCGAGGAAACCUCAGAGCUCACGGAGCAGGCACAGUGCAAGCACUGGGGCACCGCAUCCCUUGGGACUUGGGUUGCUGCUGUGAAGAGGAGACUAAGGCCAGCUGAGGAACCGUGCUACACGUCCACCCCCAAGGCUGACCCCCCCAGCCAGGACUGCAGAGUGAGGGAGGUAAAGGAGAGGACGAAACUGACGGGAUUGAUGGAGCAAUUGUAAUGGAGUGAGACUGUAAAUUAACCAACUGGGGCCGUGUGUUUGGUGUCCAAUCCAGUCCUCUGACAUCUUGUUAAUAAUUUACUCUUAAGUCUCCAUAGGAGAGUACAGCUCCAGUUCUUGUCUGUCUGGAGCUCUAACCUUUUCCUCCUGCUGGGGAUACGUUGCUAGAUUCCUCCUUCCUGCACCCACGUACUGUAUCAUGCAGAGUAGCUCCCCAGUUGUGUGCUGUCUCUUACCACUCCUAGAGUCCAACUCUGGAGCUGUGCGCUUGCUCCCUCUAAACUAGCCAUGCUCUUCUGUAAUCUGGGGCCACGAUGGCAGGAGUUGCAUAGUAAAUUGGCAGUAGCAGAACCUGCUGUAAGUAGUGGGGCAACGAUUCUGCUUAACAGAGGUUGUACCGCUAGUACUUGGCUAUGUUGGGGGUUCUGUGGGUGGGCCAGGAGGGGUGUUCCAUGAGAUGUGAAAUCCUGCGAUGGCAGACAUUCCCUGGGAUGGGCAAGGGACUGUCUCAGGUGACUAACAAUGGGCUACAGAAUCUUCCGCUGCUCGGGCACGAGAGCAUAUCCAGCACCAGACAUGAUUUUCAGUCACUUUUACAGCUUAAAAGUGCAUCAAAGCAAAAGUGCAAAAGUUUUUCUAGUGCUUAACUACUUGGGAAAGGAGCGGGGGUUGAUGGAAAACUGGCCAAGUGUCUUCCACAGAGCAUGCUAGCAAUGCCAGUGGAUACGACGAAUGCCAGAGACCCUCUCUGCCUGGCUCUGACUCUAGGACUGAGGCUGUGCUGCUGCAGCAGUAGGAACUGUAGUCUCCUCUACGAUGGCCUAGCUCUGCUGCCUGCAGCAAAGGGAAGGUACAGAUGUUAAAUCAGGCAUUUAAAGAUCUUACUAAGCAACUAAAGCAUGGUGCCUCUUACGUAUUUGUGACAACGUCUUGAAACUUGGCCGUUAGCAGCCCUCCUUCCAGAGGGUUAUUUCCCCAGCUGCUUGCUUCUCCCUAGCUUGGAGGAACAGCUGCUGGCUGAGUGAUUUUUGUAUCUUGACCUCUGCCCGAAGCAAGAGUCUUUCCCUUUCAGGGCAAACAUGAGUUCACAACAAAGCACUGUGAUCUUCCCUUCUAGAAUGGGAGGGCCGACCAAUCCCUGCUGCAGGGUUCAGGAGGCCUUUGCCCACAGGGGACUUUUUCACCUCCACUUCCAGGUGGCACCAUGAAGGAGCCCCACUCCUCUUUCUAUUCCAGGCUGAAGCCCCUCGGGGUAUGUUUCCACUGCAGCCGGGUGAGCUCCCAGCCCACGUAGACAGACUUGCACUAGCUUGGCUUGAGUGAGGGUGCUAGAAAUAGCAGUGUGGACGUUGUGCUUCCAGUGGAGACUCAGGCUGGCCACCUGAGCUCAGAUCCAAUAGAGCCAGAGCUGCUGCCCAAGCCACAGUGUCCACACUGCUAUUUUUAGCGCACUAGCUGAAGCCCAGCUGGGGUGAGUCUGCCUACCCAAGCUGAGGGGCUCGCUCCCACCUGCAGUGUAGACAUACUCUAAAUCAGGAACAGAAUCCUGCCUGUCACAGAGCCGCUUCCUACGCUGUCCUCCUCUGCUCAGGCUUUCUCUCCAGCCUUCUUGCAGUCCUCCACCCAACUGCUCCAGCUCCAGGCCUCUUCCCCCGCUCCCUGGGGACGGCCUCACUCCAGAUCUUAAGCAUCAGAGGGGGAGCCGUGUUAGUCUGGAUCUGUAAAAGCAGCAA